UUCUACUCCAAUCUCCACUGAGAGAGCGAGCGAGAGAAAGAUAGAGAGGCCAUGGCCAAAUCCAAUCCGUUCAUCAUCGUUCUUCUCCUCUCCAUCGUCCCCAUCACACUCUGCCACGAAUCUCAGCGCACCUACAUCGUCCACGUGUCGAAAUCCCACAAGCCCGCCAUCUUCGAUACUCACCACGACUGGUACUCCUCCAACCUCCGAUCCCUGGCCAGCUCAUCCCCCCACCCGACCAAACUCCUCUACACCUACGAUCACGCUGUCCAUGGCUUCGCGGCCCACCUCAGCCCAUCACAAGCGUCCGAUCUCCUCCGAUUCCCCGGCAUCCUAUCCGUCAAUCCCGAACGCGUCCAUCAGAUCCACACCACACACACUCCCAAAUUCCUAGGCCUGGCCGAAACCGUCGGCCUGUGGCCCGACUCCGAUUACGCUGAUGAUGUGAUCAUCGGCGUCCUCGACACCGGCAUCUGGCCGGAGCGCAGAAGCUUCUCCGAUGCCGGCCUCUCCGCCAUCCCUGAUCGGUGGAAGGGCGUCUGUGAGGUGAGCGCUGAAUUCCCUGCAUCCUCCUGUAAUAAGAAGAUCAUCGGCGCCAGAACGUUCUAUAAGGGUUACGAGUACUCGAGGGGGUGGCCCAUCGAUCCGACGGAGGAGUCGAAAUCCCCGAGGGACACCGAGGGGCACGGGACCCACACAGCAUCAACCGCGGCCGGCGCAUCUGUGGCCGAUGCCGGAUUCUACGAAUAUGCCGCCGGAGAGGCCCGCGGGAUGGCGACCAAGGCCAGGAUCGCGGCGUACAAGAUCUGCUGGAGCCUUGGAUGCUACGAUUCCGAUAUACUCGCGGCCAUGGAUCAGGCGAUCGUCGAUGGCGUCGACGUAAUUUCGCUCUCCGUAGGGGCCAACGGCUACGCCCCGCGGUAUGAUGAUGAUUCAAUUGCGAUCGGCUCGUUCGGCGCUGUCCAGAACGGAGUUCUGGUUUCGUGCUCGGCGGGGAAUUCAGGUCCCGGCCGGUACACGGCGGUGAACAUAGCGCCGUGGAUCUUGACGGUUGGCGCGUCGACGAUCGAUAGGGAAUUCCCCGCCGAUGUCGUUCUCGGCGAUGGGAGCGUCUAUGGCGGAGUGUCGCUCUACUCGGGCAAUCCGUGCUCCCCGAAUCUGACAAUCGUCUAUGCUGCCGACUGUGGCAGCCGCUACUGCUAUUCAGGCCGUCUCGACUCGUCGAAAGUCGCCGGGAAGAUUGUAGUCUGCGACCGCGGCGGAAACGCCCGCGUCGCCAAGGGCAGUGCGGUGACAUUGGCCGGUGGUGCCGGCAUGAUUCUUGCCAAUACAGAAGAUAGUGGCGAAGAGCUGCUCGCCGAUUCUCAUCUCAUCCCAGCCACAAUGGUAGGCCAAAAAGCCGGCGACAAGAUCCGGCAAUACGCCCGAUCAGAUCCAUCGCCUACUGCAAGCAUAGUAUUCCGUGGGACAGUGAUCGGAACAUCUCCGGCCGCUCCUCAGGUAGCAUCAUUCUCCAGCCGGGGCCCCAAUUACCGCACGCCGGAAAUUCUCAAACCGGACGUGAUCGCACCUGGCGUUAACAUCUUGGCUGGUUGGACUGGAUUCACUAGCCCAACCGAUCUCGAGAUCGACCCAAGACGAGUGGAAUUCAAUAUCAUCUCCGGCACAUCUAUGUCCUGUCCGCACGUCAGCGGCCUCGCCGCUCUGCUCCGAAAGGCCCACCCGACGUGGAGCCCAGCAGCAAUCAAAUCCGCCCUCAUCACCACUGCCUACAAUCUAGACAAUGCUGGUGGGACAAUCAAAGAUCUGGCGAGUGGCGAUGAAUCCACACCGUUCAUUCGUGGAGCCGGACACGUACAACCCAACAAUGCACUCGAUCCUGGCCUUAUCUACGACAUCCAAGUCGAUGAUUACAUCGGAUUCCUCUGCUCCAUCGGAUUCAAUGCUAGGCGGAUAGCAGUUUUCACUAAGGGCAAUGUCAAUUGCUCGGAGAAAGGUUUGGAUAAUCCCGGCGAUUUGAAUUAUCCAUCUUUCUCCGUCGUUUUCGAAUCCAAUACAGCCGUUGUUCAGUACAGAAGGGUGGUGACCAAUGUCGGAGGGACGGCAGCUGCAGUCUAUGAAGCGAAAGUUUCCGGCCCGCCGACGGUCGAGAUCACCGUCUCACCGAGCAAGCUUGUGUUUAGUGAAAAAAACCAGAGCUUAUCUUAUGUGAUUACAUUUUCUUCUGUAGCCCACCCAUCCAUGCUCACUGCGACAGAGAGCUUUGGUUCGAUCACUUGGAGCGAUGGGGCCCACCUGGUGAGGAGCCCGAUCGCGUUUACCUGGCGUCAGGGAUCAGUGGCUGAGAUGUGAUGAGUGUUAGUUCUGUUUUAGAUGAACACAAUGUAAGAAGUGUUUGUAAUCUGAUUAGAGUGGAACUGUUUGGUAGUGCUCCAAAUCGCGAUUGGUUCCUACAUCCUAUUUGCAUUUCGGGCAGCGCAGAAAGCUGGAAAUGGGAUUUAGAUUCUGUUUUCCGGAAUUUUAACGGCUGAUGCUGGAACUUACAAACGCAUCCUUAAUAAGGAUUUACAGUUUUUGUCUA